AUGCUGACCAAUUGCCAGAUAAAUAACUUCCAGUUAACACGUCAGAUAGGUUCCGGAGCGUAUGGGCUCGUUUUCCACGCUGUGGACGUGAUUACCGAAAACGAGUACGCCGUCAAGGCGGUGAUGAAGAACCAGGCUGCCUCAACCAGCGCCUCCGCAGCCAAUAACGACAUCAAGAAGAGUGCCGUUCUACAGACGCAGCUUUACCAUUACUUCAAGUCGUUCGAGAACAGGCUUUUCCUACCCUCGAUUAACUUGGACUCCAUUCGCGGGCUGGGCGAGGAGCAGCUCAUGCGCUCUCCUCACUUCCGCGAGAUUGCAAUGCAUUUGCGCGUGCACUCACAUCCUAACGUGGUCACAGUUCACCAGGUGUUGGAAUCGCCUUUGGCGACAUUUUUGGUGAUGGACUACUAUCCACGUGACCUCUUCACCUCGAUCGUGGACGACCAGCACUUUGCACACGACGGCCAGCUUAUCAAGAAGGUCUUUUUGCAGCUUUGUUCCGUGCUUAAGCACUGCCACGAUCGUGGCGUGUACCACUGUGAUAUCAAACCCGAAAACAUUUUGUUGGACGGUGACGAUAAUGCGUUCUUGUGCGAUUUCGGACUCAGUACGUUGUCGACGCAUUUGCCUGCCAACGUAUGUGUGGGUUCCAGCUACUACAUGGCCCCCGAGCGUAUCUCAUGCCCUACCAGCUUGACAUCGACCGAGGACAACCAGGGGUUCCCUUCUGCAUCCGGAGACGUGUGGUCGUUGGGUAUUAUUCUCAUAAAUCUCACGUGUAUCCGUAAUCCCUGGUUGAAGGCUCAUCAGCUCGAGGACAACACCUUCCAUUACUUCGUCAAAGAUCCCAAGGUUCUCAUGAAGAUCCUUCCUGUGUCCCAGGAUCUCUACCAACUUCUUGCUGACAUUUUGAGACUUGACCCUUACUCGAGAAUUUCUCUCGAGUCACUAAUGGAACGUGUGUCAGCGUGUACUCGGUUUACAUCUUCUGGCCCACUUAGUCAGGUAGAAGCCCUAACCGAAGAGCAAGUCCAUGAGUUCAUCAUUGGCAACCGUGGAAUGGAAAUGAAGAAAAUGCUCUACGAUUACCAUUCCGAAGACGAAGAAGAAGCCGAAGACGUCGAGGACGACACCGAAUACUCAAGCGAAGAAGAAAGCUACCGUCAACUCUCAUCUGUCGACACAACUCCUAAUGGCUCAGUCGACGUCGACCAUGUUCACGUUGGCGUCAAACAACCCAAGCGUAUCCUACCUGAUGAUUUUAAAUCACGCUAUCUUCAACUAAAUCUAUCCACGGUGACCAACUACUCCUCUCAGGGUAGGUGGCUGCCGCAAUACUAG